GGAGGAGAAGAAGGAGGAGGAGGAGGAGGUGGAGGAGGGAGGGCACGGGAGGCGGAUGCUGCUGCUGGGCAGAGGAGCCGUGUAGGAGCUGCGGCUGCAUUCGGACGCCACAUUCCCUCCUGACGGGACUGGCGGUGAGGAUGAGCGAGAGCUGAGCCCGCUGUCGCCGCCCGAUCUGGGAAGUGUCUGGUCCUCCUCCUCCUCCUCCUCCCCUGUUGUGGGUGAACCUGCGCUACGGGCUCCUCACGGACACGGGAGGGGGCUGGUUUGUUUGUGUGUCUGUUUAAGGGAAAGAGAGAGAGAGAGAGACCUUCCAUCCAUUGAAGCACAGUUCACUAUGAUCGUACUCGCACUCAGCACUGGAAGCCGGUUGGAUUUCGUGUCUCAAUCCAGGGUGUUAUUCUUGCAAACCUGCCUUUGGAUUUUAUGUGCUACAGUGUGCAAAGCGGAGCAGUAUUUCAAUGUGGAGGUAUGGUUACAAAAGUAUGGCUACCUUCCACCAACUGACCCCAGAAUGUCGGUGUUGCGCUCUGCAGAAACCAUGCAAUCAGCUAUAGCUGCCAUGCAGCAGUUCUAUGGCAUUAAUAUGACAGGAAAAGUGGACAGGAACACGAUUGACUGGAUGAAGAAGCCUCGAUGUGGUGUGCCUGAUCAAACAAGAGGCAGCUCUAAAUUUAACAUCCGUCGGAAACGAUAUGCGUUAACAGGACAGAAGUGGCAACACAAACAUAUCACUUACAGCAUUAAGAACGUCACUCCAAAAGUAGGUGAUGCUGAAACCCGUAAAGCCAUUCGCCGUGCCUUUGAUGUGUGGCAGAAUGUAACUCCUCUAACAUUUGAAGAAGUUCCGUAUAUUGAAUUAGAAAAUGGCAAGAGAGACGUGGAUAUUACGAUCAUUUUUGCAUCAGGUUUUCAUGGAGACAGUUCUCCCUUUGAUGGGGAGGGAGGAUUUUUGGCCCACGCAUAUUUCCCUGGGCCAGGAAUUGGGGGAGACACUCAUUUUGACUCAGAUGAACCAUGGACUUUGGGAAAUCCUAAUCAUGAUGGAAAUGAUCUGUUUCUAGUUGCUGUGCAUGAACUGGGACAUGCUCUUGGCUUGGAGCACUCUAAUGAUCCCACAGCAAUUAUGGCUCCAUUUUAUCAGUAUAUGGAAACUGACAACUUCAAACUACCUAAUGAUGAUUUACAGGGCAUCCAGAAGAUAUAUGGUCCACCUGACAGGAUCCCACCACCAACAAGGCCUCUGCCAACAGUGCCACCUCAUCGUUCGAUCCCUCCAGCAGACCCACGGAAAAAUGACAGACAACCUAAGCCUCCCCGGCCACCCACUGGUGACAAACCUUCCUAUCCUGGGGCCAAACCUAACAUCUGUGAUGGGAACUUCAACACUUUGGCUAUUCUUCGCCGGGAAAUGUUUGUUUUCAAGGAUCAGUGGUUUUGGCGAGUCAGAAACAACAGGGUGAUGGAUGGGUACCCCAUGCAGAUUACCUACUUCUGGAGAGGGCUGCCUCCCAGCAUUGAUGCAGUUUAUGAAAACAGCGAGGGGAAUUUUGUCUUCUUUAAAGGUAACAAGUUCUGGGUUUUCAAGGACACUACUCUCCAGCCAGGGUAUCCUCAUGAUUUGAUAACACUUGGAAGCGGAAUUCCUUCCCAUGGUAUUGAUUCUGCAAUUUGGUGGGAAGACGUUGGGAAAACCUACUUCUUCAAAGGAGAUAGGUACUGGAGGUACAGUGAAGAAAUGAGAUCUAUGGACCCUGGCUAUCCCAAACCAAUCACAAUUUGGAAAGGUAUCCCAGAAUCGCCUCAGGGAGCCUUUGUCCACAAAGAAAAUGGCUUCACAUAUUUCUACAAAGGAAAAGAGUACUGGAAAUUCAACAACCAGAUGCUCAGAGUGGAACCUGGCUAUCCCAGAUCCAUCCUCAAGGAUUUUAUGGGUUGUGAUGGACCAACAGAUAGAGACAAAGACCGACACAGCCCUCAAGAUGAUGUUGACAUUGUUAUCAAAUUGGACAACACAGCCAGCACUGUGAAAGCCAUAGCUAUUGUCAUUCCCUGCAUCCUGGCCUUGUGCCUCCUUGUCUUGGUUUACACUGUGUUCCAGUUUAAAAGGAAAGGAACACCCCGUCACAUACUGUACUGCAAACGCUCUAUGCAAGAGUGGGUGUGAUGUAGGGUUUUGUUUUUUUUUUUUUCUUUCCCUCCCAGGAGUUUGUGGUAACUUGAGAUUCAACACAAGAGCUGUUCUGCAGUUUCCUAGCUAGGAGCGGGCAUCUGUCAGUCUGAAACAAAGCUGAUCCUUAAAACCCAGGAGGUUGCCUGUCCCGCGCAUGAGUGGUGAUUCGCUCAGCUGGGAAGCUUCCAUGAUACACAGUAUCUGCUGUUUCUUCAGUCCUUUGUCUUUCUUUGUCAUUCAAUUUAGGCCUUUCCUCUGCACACUAAAUGCCAGAUAAACUAUCAGGAUUAAGUAAGGAAGAGGAAAAAACAAAAUCUCCAGUGUUUCUACAUUUUUCCCUUAAGGCCUGUUCCCCUUUGAAAAAUUUUCUGCUGAAAGUCAAUUUUUUUAGAAAAAAAAACCACAACAACUCACAGUGGAACUUUCAGGAAAGUGAGAAGACCCAAAACAGCUUUGUCUCCAAAGAGGAUUGCUUUCUGUCUGCAAUGGAUAAAGUCCUAUACUCCUACUUCCAGUUUUGUCAGGUGGGAGACCCGGAUAACAUGCAGGACUUCAGACUGUUCGGACAGCCAUUUUCCAACAAACAAGGGGCCAAAAUAUCUGCAAUAUAGUAACAGCCUUAAUAAUACAUUCAUUUUGUGUUUUAUACAGCUGCUCUGGGCUACGUCCUCAAUGUUUUAAACUCAUUUAUAUUCAUCACUAUAUUCAAGUGGAAUCUUUUUAUUGGUUUGUUUGAUUUUUGGGUUGGUUUUCCCACAUAAUCUUUCCCAAGCUGUACCAAGUCAACUGCCCCAGGCCUUUCACAGGUCUGUCAGGAGUACUCAUUCCAAUGCAUGGUGAAAAAGCAGUGUGUCUCUGAAGUGGAUUUCAGUGAACUAAAGUAACAGUGAUGCUAUAGAGAAACUUGACACUGGUAUUACUUUGGUGUAACCCUUUGAGAACUAUUGCAUCAGUUUUCAGAGUCUGUUGGAUGUUAAUCUUGAUUGUCAUUAAAUUACAGGAUUGUGUUUGGAAAAUAGAAGUUUUAAAAGGAAAAAACAGUGGUUAGGUUUGUUUUAUUUUGGUUUUUUUUUUUUUCCUUUAACAGAUUUCCUGUGACUGCAAGUGUUUUUUAUUACUUGCAUUACUGAUAGAAAAGCAUCUGUAACGUAAAGAGAAAGCUAUAUUUACCAGCUACUUUAUGGUUAAAGGAACCAAACCUGUUUUAAUAUCUUCUACCACUUACCAAGGAUUUUUCUGAACUGCUUACAGUUUUAUAGCCUAGCCUUUUAUCUUAAGCAUCUUGAAUUUCUCUUUUAAACUAUGUUGCAUGAUAAUUCAGUUUACCUCUGCAGAGAUAGAGUUACAGUUUCACAGGAAAACUAAAAUGAUGACUCUGAUAUUGCAUGAGUACCUUCUGGUGUUCCCCUGCAUGUUCUCUAUAGUUCUCAAAGGGUUAGUCAAAUCUCUGGCCUUUAGCCAAACACGAUAUCAUUAAUAGAGCCAAGGGACCACCAAAGCAUUUUGUCAUUUUGUGUAAUUUGUGCUAACAGCAGUAUUGUCAUUUUCAUGUGACCUGCAGAGCAGGUUUGUAUCAAUAUUUUUUUCCUAGAGAAAAGUCAGCAACUGACAGACCUCUUUAUUGAUUUUUAGGAGCUGCUUCUUGCAGUGAUAGGCUUUACAGUCACUGGGCUGUGAACUUAUUAAAGAUGGUCAGAAUGAUGCACCCUAAAAGUCAGACAUCUGGUUUUUUAUGAAAGCCAGAAUUUGAGGGGAGUAGCUUUUGCAACAAUGAACAGCUUGCCUUGAACUUGAUUAUUGACCUGUUGACUGUCAUUACCAAGUUAAACAUUGUCUUCUGUGAACAGCUUCACUGUCUGAAUUUCCUUAAAGUGUACUGUCCUGUGUCUUUGCUCUUUGACCUUUAACUUGCAAACUGGCACAAACGGAAUGGAAUCUGGUGUUAAUGAACUAAGAUGGUUUAAUUUCUUAAAAGGCUUGAUGUACAUUAUCCAAAAUUAGAGAAGAAAUGCUGAAAUGUUUUCUUAGGAAAGAAAAGACAGAAACUAAAAUAUUUAUAAUAGAUCUGUAGAAGGGUAUUUUGCUAUGUAUACGUGCACACUCUAAAAAUGAAAUACAGUAUAAGUGAUUUUUUUAUUUAACUUGAAUACAAUUUUCCAUAUAAAAUUAUCAUUUCUACAAAUAGCUAGCUAUUAAUGAAAAGGUUAUAGGAAAGUAUUAAAAUACUUGAAAUGGCCAGUAUUGGCUUUUACAUAAAAUGAGACUUUUGUACUACAUUCAGCCAAUUUCUUACUGGUUUCUUAAUUCACAUAACUGGAUCAUUUUUUAGAGAGUGUAGGUAUAUAUACAUAUAUAUUAUGGUUAUUAUUAUUUUGGUAAUGGAUAGCUUGACUGCCUUGAAUUUAUAUUUAUAUUGAGCAUAGCAUGAAAAAUAGUAUGCCUUUUUGUUCAAUUACAUGAUUUUAUAUUGAUUUGAGAACUUAUUUUAUGAACAUGUGGCAUGCUAUGAGGCAUUGCAAAUUGUUAUUUCUUAGAGCAUAAACAGAUAUACAUAUGUAACGGCUAACAAAAAUGAAGAUUAGAAAAAAAGAUAUAGUUUUACAGCAAAUAUGCAAUGCAGAUGGCAUUUUGGAGAUGUUUUGUAGUGAAACUGCAUACUGUAGGAUAGAAUUGCACCAAUAUCAACCCAUAGCAUUAUUUAGUAAAUCCAAUUCAGUUGUUGGUGAAAAUAUAUAUUAAUUCACAGUUAAAUAACAUAGGAUAUUUACUGCACAUCAGCUCAUUUGGUGAAUUUGGGAUUCUGUGCCCGUUUGUUCAUUUUAUAUGACUGCGUAUGUGUGCAUGCAUUUGUGUAUUUAUAAAUGCGUGCACACACACACGUACAUGCAUAUAUUAACCCAUCUUUUAUUGUCAGCAAACUACUAUACUUAUUUUCUGUUACAGACAGAACAAAUUGAUUCCUUACCUGUUCCAAUUUAGUCUCUUGGAUAGUUGGUGGAAAAAUACAAACACUACUACUUACUCCUCAUUUUGUUUUCCUUUACAAUGGGAGAACUUGAUUUUACAUUAUCUUUAAGUAGAACAGCAUCGCAACUGUUUUUUUAUUCACUUGAAACUUUCACUUAAGCUUGGAAAUAUCUUUCAUGUCAACUUUAACUUUUUGUGUAACUAUUUCCCUGAGAGUAAUGAAGUGCUGAGCAUGUUGACUGUUGUUUUUUGAUAAGGUAACCAAAAAUGUUUGCAUUUGGAGAACUUAAUUUUAAUUAUGCAGGAAGGUAAGUGUGAUAAAUCUAGUGCUUGGUAUAUGGUACAUCAUAGAUACAUGAAUAUAUAAAUUGAUUGGUUUGUUUUGCUCUAAAAUGAAUAAAUAUUAUAUACAGAGAAAGGGAAAAGUAAUUGGUAUAUUGCUAUAUUGGUAUAUUCAUGUCAUACAGAGCAAAAUUGUGUCAGCAAUACUCUUGUAUACUCCUAUUUUUAGUCAUAAAGGUUUGCUGUAAGUAAAACAUGUAGGAGCAAUUAUGUUCAGUGUAAUUUCCAAAAUAUUUACUGGCUGACUUUAUGUUAUAAAAGUUCAGAGUAAAUUAGUGAUGUUACCUGAUUUAGUUUUGAACUCAAGUAAAAGUUCUAAGACAAUGUUAUUUUUUAAACAGUUGUUUUUCUACCAGGGCCUAUAAUUAUGUGCACUAACAAAGUGAAAAUACCUUGAGUUCUGCAACCUGGGUUCCUGCUCAUGUGCCAUUACCUUUUUCAUAAACUUUUUAAUAAAAUUUUCCGUAUUAUUACUGUAACCAUCUGUACUGUGGAACAAUUCAAAAGUGAAUAUGCAUUGUGUUAAUCCAUUACAGUCAAUCGAGAUGGCUAUACAGGGUUGUGUAUCUUCAGAGUACUAUGGUCUGUGUGAUGAAGGAGGCCAGAGCAGAUGAUAGCAGCAUUUCCUCUGGCCUUUUAAUGUAUAAAACUAUGAAAAGGUUAUUGACUGUACACACAAAGUAAUUUUUAUCAGGAAAUACAUUUUAAAAACUGAGUGUGUAUUUGCUGGAUAGGCUGAGAUGGAGAGAGACUCAAAAUGGCUCCAGAGGAGCCAUUUCAAGUCUCCUGAAUAAAUGUAAUACAAAUUUUAAAUCUUUGUAUGAACUUUUGUUCUUUUUCUGUUUUCAAAUUGGGGCAAAGGGAGGGAACAAUUGAAAAGAUAGGUAAAGGCUGACUUUAUGAAUGAAAGUUACAGAAAGUAAUAUACACAAACAUAAGGGGUUGACUUAUGCUUUCCUUUGGCAGUGUACUUCACAGCUCAAGACUCCUUUGCUUAUAAGCGCUGUUGAUUAAAAAUAGUAUAUAAGACUUAAUUUUUAAUUUUCAGCUUUUUUUCUGCUUUAUUUCACAACCCCAUUGUCAGUUAAAUUUAGUUUUUGGCACCAAAUUGUAUAUAAUUGAAUUCUAGCUCAUUGGUUAGAAAAGUGUGUAGGGUGCAUAGCAGUGGAAGCACUAAAUUUCCUAUUUUUGUUUGUUUGUUUGUUUUGCAUUUGAGCCAUUGCUAGUGCAACACUUAAUAAAGACACAGAGCAAAUUGAA